CUGUGGGAACAGAUCGUGGUCGGCGGUUCUGUGUCAGUCAUACGGUGUUUCUCCUCCUCGUGUGCGUUUUCGCCAUGCCUCUCCGCCGAGCAUAAAAGCCGCCAGAGUGCGCGCGAGGCCUCCGUCAUGAGUGAAGCGGACAGAAAAUACGUUCCCUUUUGGAAAUGGUGGCUACACCGGAGCGCGUCGAGCCCUUCCCUCGCCCACAAGGCCAUCAGGCCGGGCGGGACAGCCGGGAAGCGGAGUAAGUAUGUGAGGAAAGGACUGGCGUCUCUGGAAACGGUGAAAAGCACGCCGGACGGCAUCGCGGAGAGCCAGGACUCGUCUGAGGAUCUUUUCUUCACGCCGAGGGAAAAUAUGAGGGAUUUCUUUUCGAACGACGACUUGCUCCAGGCUCAGGAUGGAUACUGGAGGGAUUUCAAGUCAUCUGAGGAAUUGCACAAGGGAUCCGUCAAAAGGAGAACUGAAGUCGACUCUAGCGAGAGCAUUUUAGAGGACGCCGUGAGGGAAAGGAGCUCUUCGUCCAAGCGGGAAAGACGCGCCCUUUCCGCAAGCCAUCUCUCGGGGAGACAAAUGGCGCCUGAGCUCUCUCGGCCGAGACCUCUCACCUCAAAAAUCAAGCCGGAGUCGAGGUCGGCGAGCUCUCUCGGGCUGAAGCGGACCCAGACGACGGAGGAAAUGGAGGAGGGGACGGGGGAGGAGGCGGGCACCGCAAGGCAAGGAGCCGCCGCUCCGGGUGAUUCGCGUAGCAGGAAAUCCAAGAAAGGGAAACGAAAACAGGAGCCUGAUAUAAAACUGACAAAAAGGACGCUGUCGCUCACUGAGAGGGCCGGCAAGGGGAGGCGCUCGGCGGACAGCACGCGUGAAGACAAACCAUACACGAACGAACAGUACAAAGGAUUUGAUAUAUAUCAAGAAAUCGAGGAUGGGGAGAUGGAGCACGGGGGAUCCACGCGACCGUCACAAGAAGAAAGCAAAAAGGAAGCUGUGAGGCUGCCGAAGCUGGACACAACCGACACAGCCGCCCCGAAGGGAUGGGACACUACAGAGGGCAGUCGCCGAAGGAAGGUGACAUCUCCCGUGUACGACGUCUUAACCCCAACGGAAAUCUGGGCAAGGAGGAGCUCAGCAAGGCAGAAGGACAUGCAGGCGGUGGAAGACUUUGCCAGGAAUCGAUCAGCUUCAGAUGUGAACACAAGGAACGCUAGCAACCUGACUGCAACUGCCGCCAGGCAGAGGUCUGCUUCGGUAACUGACAACAAACCAGUUCUUAAAGAAAAAGUAAAAUACAAGUUUGGAAGGAAGAAAGACAGUCUGCCUGAGGAAAACGCGGAGAUUGUUAAUAAUUACGACCGUCCUGGGCCGCCACGACCCAUAUACCAGUCUCCGCCUCCUCCUCGGGAAGUCGGAGACAUGAGUUCCUUUCAGCCAAUUUCGAGGCAAAGAGAAGAGGAGGAAGACAACGCCGAGGGCUCCAAACAGGAAGAGAGAGCGCGCGCGGCACCAGAACAUUCCGACACCCCGCAGCCAGCAAGCCCCAAGGCUGAUGAAAAGUCUUCCCCAGAAUCGCUGGCUGAAGAGAAUGACGCUUCCGUGCACACUGCGGUGCGGAGAACACAGAGUGAGAAGCGCACGUCGCCAGUGGUGGUGAGGCAGCACCAGCGAGUCAAGCGGAGCCACAGCGAGCCCCGAUCCGCCAGGACCGACGUCGCCGUCCCGACCGACGCCCUACAGCCGAUCAUCGACGAUCACCUCGUGAAGCACAAUGAGAAAGUUCUGAAGGAGCUGGGGAUCGACCUCGAGGCCCUCGGCAGCAGCGAGCACAAGCCCGCCGCCAGAGUCACCUCCACGUCCCCCACGCUCUCCACAGACUCGUCGCUGUCGUCCACGAAGCGGCGGCCGGCGAGUCUUCCCCUGGCGCCGCAGGCAGACGACAUCUCUCCCGUGUCUGAAUUCGGCCCAAAUGUGCACGAUCCGAGGGCGAGGCUCCACUUCGGCGCCCGCCCUGUCGGAGAGCCUCUCCAUGCAAGGAGGUCGACCUCCAAGCCCGCGCCACCGAAGAGGUCGCCCACAACCAAGCUGACGUCGGGGCCCGGUCAGCACUCGCUCUCGAGCCAUUCCUCGAACCACUCGACUCCGCGCUCGUCCCCGCAGCCCCCCCGUCCCCACCCCACGGCGCCCCGGAGACAGCAGACCCGCCGGACCGAGUACAUGCACCGCGCAAGCUCCCUGACCUCGGUCGUGAUGCGGCACGAGACGCCCGACCGCCAGCAGGAGGUGUACGGCUCCAUCAUCCAAAAGACGCAGUUCCGCCCCCUGUACCCAGGGGUGAUCCAGCAGGGGAUGCCCGCCGCGCCGUUCCAGCCUGUCCCCUGGCCCCCCGCCCUCGACAAGGCCCACCCUGGCCAAAGAAACUCCCUCGCCCACCCACAGUCCUCCGCGAUGCCCUUGCUGUACGACCCCGUCCCGAAGCCGCGGCGGUGGUCGCUCGCCCUCUCCGAACUGCCGCAGUAUCGCCAGCAGACUCCCCCAGUGCAGGAGCAGUCGAGGCGACGGGGGCGCAGCCAUGGCCGACAGACGGCCGAGCGAGAGCUGGCGAAGGCGGCCGUGAAGAACUGGGUGAUCGAGCGGCUGUCGUACUACCCGCCCGAUUUACAGUCGAUGUAUUUUAACCAGCGAUGGACGUACCGCUUGUACCCCUCGGUCCAUCCCACUAUCCAGGAGGAGAUAGAGGAGGACGUGUUUGAGCCGAACUCGACUUACAGGACCGUCCAGCUCAAGACCAAAAGUUCGAGUGAUUCAGACCACUCAGUGGGCGGUCUAAGAACGGCCUCUUUGGACCGUUUGGGCCGCAGGUCGAACGCCCACCCGGCCGCUCACGCCCAUGCCCACGCCCACACCCCUCAUUACACUCUCCCCAGGCGCCCGCCCGCGACCCAGAGGUAUCAGCAGCAACCCAAGGGGAAGGGCUACGGCUACUCUCCUCCGUCAGCGGUGUUUGACGAUGACCCGGGGAUCAUGUCCGAGGCGGAGACGUCCUCCACGGGGUUCCGUCGGGGAGGCAAGCAAAGGGCGUCUCUGCCGGUCUCGCGCACGCCCUCCGCCAAGACGCUGGACUCGCGUUUCGAAAUGGACGACAACAGCUACUGGGACGAGGACCCGGGUAUCAUGAGCGAGGCAGAGACGUCCUCCACCGGCAGAGGAAGGAACUUGAAACCUAGAACCUCCCUUCCCAUCGUCAGGACUCCUUCGAAGACACUCGAGCGCCCUCUAGGCCUGGUGUUCCUCCAAUACCGCGGGGAGACGAAGCGAGCCCUCCUGCCCAACGAAAUCACCUCCUUGGACACGGUGAAGGCCCUGUUUGUGCGUUCCUUCCCGAACCAGCUGACGAUGCAAUACCUGGACCUGCCAUCCGUCAAGAUCUACAUCCACGACUCCAAUAAGGACAUGUUCUACGACCUGGAGGAUCUCAGCGGGACUUGCUUUAUAAGAGACAUCCGCGACCGCUCAGUCCUCCGCGUGUUCGAGGGCGAGGGCGUGAAUGGCCAAGGAGGAGGUGCUUGGGAUCAGGACCAGUCAUACUUCAGUGAGCCCGAAUUCGACUCCGAGUUCCAGCAGCAGCACGUGCACAAGACCAAGAAUGGUAAAACAGGGGGGUACUACAUGACCCACUCCUACCCCCCCGGCGCCCCCGCCCACACCGCUGGCGUGGCCCCCAUCCCCCGCGGUCCGAGGCCCCCCUACUCCCCAGCAGCUGGGGGUGUGGCUCCCCCUAAGCCCCAGCGGUACGCGGGCGGACCGGGUGGCCCGGGCGGGUCUGCGGGCGGGCCCCCUGGCAUGAUAGGCAUGAAGGGCGGAGUCAGGCCGUCAGCGCCCCCCGCCGGGCCGCCCACGGGACCUCCAGGUGGGCCACGCCCGCAACACUUGGCCCGCUCCUACUCCUCAUACUCUUCCUCGCCAGAACGCAUCGACCUCCUCUACUCCCCACAGGAGCGAAUGCACGGUGACGGAUACUUGUCUUCCCCGGAGCGGUCGCCACGCCCAUACGGAGCCCCUGGGAGUGCCUACCUCACGCCCACGCCUAGUUACGAAGACCCAUACUACGGCGGGCAAUACGGCUCUCGCUCAGGCUCAGUCACGCCCAUCAUUGACGAAGAUGCACGGUCGGCGUUUUACAGCUUGCGCGUCGAACAGAUGGAGCGGCAGCUGGCAUCGCUAACGGGGCUGGUGAAGAAGGCGCUGCACACGGGCGUCGCGAGUUCCCCCCUCCCCGAGCACAUCUCCCUGGCCCCCCCUCCCGCCGUCGUCGCUGCAGCCGCAGCCGCUUCAGGAAAUACCAACAACAGGGAACCGACGACUAACAGCAACAGGAACUCCUCCUCCAACGACUUCCUUCAGGUUCCUACAAGUUCUUCUUAUAAGACUCCUGACGAUACUUACCUUCGGCCAGACACUAAGCCGCCAAAAUUAGGAAGAGGGGGUAGAGAAAAGUCAGUCUCGUUCGAAAAAUCAGUUUCGUUCAGUGACGAUCUGCCAGAUCUGAACACACCGCCAAAGCAACAUGUUCCUGCAGCCGAGAAACAGCCUAUCAAGCCUGCCAUCAAGUGCUCCACUCUCCCCAGGAUGUCUUCCCAAGUCCCGCCUGCGCAUGCCUGGCUCUCUCCUCCAGUGCGCAGGCGUGAAACCAGGCGCCCCGUGACGUCACAGCCAGACAUGCGACUUUCCCCGGAAGUCUACAACCAACUGAGGGUGCUACAAAAGAAAGCCAAAGAGCUACGGACUGACGUUAGGAAUCUCAGAAGGACUUCCCAAGCUAACGCCAUAACUAUGAAGGAAAUUCUUCGAGAGACAGUCACAAAGAUAACGACACUUCUUCAGUCCACGGAGGAGGGUUUACUGCAGGGCUCAGCGGAUGCAGAGAGAGUGAGGAUACAGCGUGAGGAGGAGUCGUACAGGCAGGACAUGAGCAAGCUGGAUAAGGAUCUCUGUGAUCUUGAACUAAAAGUGGAAGAGCUUCGCAACAACGUCAUUAACAGGCGAUUACGUGUCAAUAUGUCAGAUGUAGAAAAUAUGGCUCUUAUUCUGUCAAGAUCAAGCAAGACAGUAGCAGACCUAAAGGCAAAAUUCCCAAUACUUCAAGAUGGGCUCAAAGGACUUAUAUCAGCAGAGAUGGAGAGGGCAAUUAGUGAAGAAAAGUUCCUUAAGGAAGAACCAGACAAGCUAGAAAGUGCACUUCGACGAUGCAAGAAAUUAACUGGUACUCUGGUAACGCUUAAGAGGUUAGCAUCAGUUCAAGAGCAGCGAGUCCCUCCCAACCCUGCAGUUGGACCUAAUGCUGUUGCAAAUGGUGACCCCAGAAGCACCUCGCCCACCCACAAUGAAGAGACUCGUCCAUCGUCUACUAAGAGAAGCAAACAGGGAUGGAAAUGGAGUUCCCACUUCAAGGAGACUGUGACAUCAACCGAGUAAAAUAUAUUCACUGUUUUGCAUCUUACCAUUUUUUUCACAUAUUUUAUUACUAUUUGCUCGCUUAUUUAUGUGUAACCUAGUUCUCAUUCUCUACCCUGUUUUCGUAUAAAUGGUUUUCAUCUGAAUAUAACGUUGAAUUUCAAGAUAUUUUGCUAUUGAUGUUGCGCAUGCAUAGAUGUAAUAUUUCAGAGUUAUUGUUCAAUAUUCAGCUUUAUUUAGGCUUCAUAUGGUCGCAGUUAAAUAUGUAGGUUUUUUAAUGGGUAUACAUUAUGAGACUAGAGUAGUUUCUGUGCUCUAUAGUAUAUAUAAUUUUUUUCUUUGUUCUUUUGUUCAUUUGUUUCAUUUUAUUAAAUAGACUUUUUUUGUACAUUUCAGAUAGAAAGUUUUAUACUCUGUAUAUUAUUGAAUUUAUGUUUUGGUCCUUCAUUAUUUAUAUAAAGUGUCCAAAGGUAGUAAAUUUUCUUAAAGGUUUCUAUAUUUCUUUUAAUACUUAUUGGCACUCUUAUUUAAGAAAGCUCUUAUUCUGAUAUCAAAGUUUUUCUUUUCAUUAACAAGUUAAAAAGUCUUUAUCACGCACGAUACAUUGCAGUAUGAAAGUUAUGUCCAUUGAGAACCCAUGGUAAGUUUUUUUUAUCAGUAAAAUACUUAGACUUUGAUUACAAAAAUUAUUUGAUGACAUCAUUUAUGACAUUAACUAUGAAACAAGGCACAGCUAAGCAAUGGUUAGUGAAACAUAUUAGUUACCCUUGAAAAUAAAUCCACGUUUUCUCUCUAUACCGAGGUAGAAGAGCCAAAUGCCUUCAAGUUGGAUGUUACCGCUGUGAGUUGGAUGCUUUUAUAUAAACCUACCAUCCUUAUUCCUUAAACACUCUUAUCAAAGUCUGGUUUUUGUGCUCAGUAUUUCUAGAGAUGUAGAUAUAUGUAUCCCUACGGUAUUAGUAUCACAUUUAUUUUGGUUUUCCAAAGUUAUAUGUCUGUCAUAUGUUCUGCAUAGAUAUGCUGUAUUUGUAGUCUUUGUAAAUUAUGAUUUCAGAGGAUCUGAAUGUAAAUUUGACGUACUUGAAAUGUUGAGGAAAAGAAAUAUUCUUAUUAAGUAUAGUUUGGUGAUAUGGUACAUAUAGAGUUACAGUACUAGCUUUUAGCAUGGGACAGCGACAUAGGGGUCGACUUAGGACUUCAUAUCCCAGUAUAGUUAUUAGCGUUCUUUAUGUGAAUAAAAUCCUAAAUCUGUUUAAGGAAGAGGCAGUUACAGUGAGAAUUCGAUUUCUACCCUUCAACACAAAACUAUUAUCUCUGCACUGUUGCUUAAUGUGCAUCUGCUUCUUAAUGUUCUGCUUCUCAGCUUGAUGAUAAGGCACAUUUCUAACUGGAUAAAG